UCUUCAAUCCCCCCAUUGGAAAAAGCAACUGAAAAAAAAGUAAAAGAAAAAACAAAAUGUUGUCAACUGUUAAUUAAUUAAUAAUGUGGAUUUAAUUUGAUGUAAUAAUUUAAUUUCUCAUGUGUUACAAGUUGAUAAUCAACUAUGGCCGAACUACGGGAUAGAUUGGCCUUCGGAACAAUUAAGAUUAACGUGAACAAUUAAGUUGCAAGAAUACAAAUAUUAACAUUUGGAACAUUUUUUUUGUUAACCAACAACCUAAAUCAUCAACAACAAAACAACAUACACAUUAUAUAUACACUAUUACAACAACAACAAUAUUCUCAAUCAAAAAUCUUCAAUCCAAUAUAUCCAAUAUAUCCACACAAUCAUCUGAGACUCUGGCCAUUUGGAAAGAUAGAGAGAGAGAGAGAGAGAGAGAGAGAGAGAGAGAGAGAGAGAAAGAAGAGAUUUAUAUUAAUACAAUAUUUGGAUAUUCUAUCGAGAUUUACCUUUUUUCUUCUUCUUAUUUUCUCUCUCUCACUAUUAUCUUUCUUUCAUUGACUGAUUUUCGCCAUCAUAUUAUAUACAUCAACUAAUUUCAAGUCUGCUUUAAAAGUCAAGCUUGUUAAGUGGGAAAAGACCUUUUCCUUUUGACUCUUUCUAUUUACUAUUUUUCUCUUUCUUUUUUCUCUUUCUCUCUAUUAUAUAUAUUUAAUAAUAUAUAUAUUUGUUUGUUUCCCUUUUAUUUUUUCUCUUUCUUUUCUUCUCUUUAAAAAUUGUUCAUUCAUUAUUAUUAUAAAUUUUUCUCUUCUUCUUCUUUCCUUCCUUCUGAAAUUUUUCUGUCCAAAAUCUUGUGUAGCUUUGAUUGAGUUGUAAUCUUUUAUUUCUCUCUCUCUCUCUCUCUCUCUUGUUGUUGUGUUUGUAUUUAUCUCACUCUCUCAUCUUCAUCUUCAUCAUCUUUAUCACGUCAUAAACAGUCAUCAUCAUCAUCAUCUUUCCCCCAUCAUCAUCAUCAUCUUGAUAAUUUAUACGUAUAUUGCCCCCCUUUUUGAUUGCCAAUGGAUACAUACUUAUUUCCUCCGCCUAUGGUUCUCUCUGGACCAAUUGUUCAGUUAAUACAAGCACCUUCAGGGGCAACACAACUUGUCUCCACUUCUACCUCUCCAGGAUCCAAUAGUACUGCUUCUGGUAAUAGUGGCGGUCAACCUGUUGUAUCAGCUAGUUCAACAAAAAAUUCUUCUGUUAAUAGUUCCCGAUCAACUAAACAAAUUUUACCCAAACCACCAGGUAAUGGGGCUAAUAGUCAAUCAAGUGGUGGUCCAGGUAAAUCGGGUUCAACAGCAAGUAACGUUGGAUCUGGAGUAAAUAAUUCAUCGGUAAACAAUAAUCCAAAUCUAAAUCCUGGUAAUCAAGGAGCUCGUUCUUUGGUAACUAACAUGCCUUCAACUGUAAACACUGUUGGUCAUACCCUGACCACUGGACCUUUAUCAACAGGUCCUGGACCACAAAUAUUACUUGGUCCACCAGGAAAUCAAAAGAUGAGCUUCAUCAAUCCACCAGGAACCUUUUUAUUAAAUCAAGUGAUUCCAGGCCUUGGUUCUCAGCCCAUUUUAAUUCAAGGAAAUAUAAAUAAUAUCGGUGGCCCUUUACAAUUGACGUUAAGGCAGCAACAGCCUCACACGGUGGCUGUUAGCAGUGCCAAUGGUAAUAGUGUCAGUGUUGCCUCAUCUCAAGGUUCAACUACAACCCCCUUAAUAAGUGCUUUAGCAGGACAAACAUCAUCCUCUAUACAACGAACCACAUCAUCAGGUCCAACUUACCUAUUUAGUAAUCAAGGUCCUAACGUUUCAUCAGCACCAACAAUGGUUAUGGCCUCAGGUCAACACAAUUUUAGAGGUCAAAAUAUAAUAUUUACCCGACCACCUAAUCUAAUCGGUGGUCCAGGUUCAAUGGUACAAGGACCAGGAGGUCAUUCUGCUCCAACUCAAACAGUUCCUCAAAUAAUUCAAAUUCAAACACCCAAUGGUCCAAUGUUGGUUGCCCUGCAAACAACACCGCACCUUGGACCACACAAUGGAGGUUCACAAAUGUUUCAAACUCAUGUAACCCCCUCACCUCAAGCCGUUCCAAUUACAAGUACCAUUAUGCCUCUACAAACAUCAGGCACUGUUGGUAAUCAAAGUGCUUCAACCCAUCCAACUUUGCACACUAUUUUACAGACAUCAUCAGCUGAAUCUUUAAAUCAAUCAUCCAUGGGACAACAACAGUCUGGUGCUUCUCUUACUUCAAACAAUUUAAUUUUCUCUCAAUCGGGUAAUGUGAUAUCUUCUCAACAAUCAGUUACUACAAGUACUUCGUUGACACCUCAACAUCAACUUCAACACCAUCAUCAACAAUUACAACAACAGCAACAACAACAACCUCAAACUCCACAUAGUAGCUCUAAUAGUGGAAGAGGAAACUCAAAAGUAAAGAAAGAAUCAAAAGGAGUAAAUUUAGCUGAUCUAUUGAAAGAGACUGGAAUCUUACAAGAUUCUUCACCACCUCAAUCGCCUUCCUCAAUAACAAUUAGACAAACCUCAACGGACACAGAAUUGGCCAAUAGUAUUUCCCCACAAACUGAGAUUACACAUACAAGUUCAUUAAUAACUGGAACAACACAGACAAUUUUGGACACUAAUCAUCACCAUCAUCACCAUCAUCAUCAUCAAACCAAUCAAUCACAACAACCAACCAUGAUGAUGGUUUCUGGUCAAGGAGCACACCAGGGGUCAAAUUUUUUAAUAGCCCAAGGUCCUGGUAUGCAACCAGGUACAGCACCACAAUUGAGAUUAUCUUUAGCUGCUGAUGGAAGUGUUAUCCUUCAACCAACCAACAUGGGAUCAAUGGGACCUGGUGUUAAUACUGGUAAUACAAUUUUACAGAAUCCAUCCAAUGGUCAAGGAACUGGAACAUCAAUUAUAUCUGAUUUAGGUUCAACAACAAUGGCAUCAAUAAACAAUUCAAAGUUCAUUGAUACACUAAGAGAUUCGUGUGGACCAGGGUCAUCACAACCUUCACCCGAUUCAACCACACCAACACUAGAUGCCUCAACUCCAACAUCAACCGCCAUUACAUCAACUAAAUCAAAUUCACCGGCCAUCACAACCCUUGGAUCAAGUCCCGUUAUGAGUCAUAAACAAACAUUAAUGGAACAUUUAAACGCAGGAUCAACAAUGAAAGUCGGUGACAGUGUAACCUCAAUGACCAUUACACCAAUCAUGGGGCCACCCUUGAGAGAUGAUCAAAAAAGUGGUUCAUCUUUUAUUCCAAUGAACAUUAACAAUGAAACGAUAACAUUUAAUAAUUUAAGAACUACUUUUAAACAAGAACCAUUAAGUAAAUCAUCAUCAUCAUCAGCUGAUCAUUUGUCAACAUCAUCAUCAACAACAACAGCAACAACUACAACAUCAACCUCACCUUUAAGCGAAGGGAAAACUGAGAUGAUCAGUGUUUCCAUGAACAAUAUUCCAAGUACUUCAAGUUCAACAUCGACAACAACAACUUCGGUUCUAACCAUGAGUAACUGUGAUAAUUUGGGUCAAAAUGCAUCGAUGCCGGUUCUGUUGACCAAUGCAUCUUUAAUCAUUCCAGAAGAUGCCAAUGGUAAACAACAAACCAACAAUAGUUUAUCAUCAUCAUCAUCAAAAACAACGUUAACCAAUCGAAGCGGUAUUUUAACAACAAAUCAUUUGACAAGUAACAACAUUGGAUCACCAUUAACUAGUCUAGUAACCCCAAAUGGUCAGACAAUUGUUACUCCAUCAUCAUCACCGGUAAUUACCACUGGUGGUGUUAAUUCAACCGGUAGUCAACAACAAGGAGGUGUACCAACCAUUGUUGAUCAGAAUGGCUAUCAAUUUGUACAGAUUAGUUUAAAUAAUCAAGAAUUUAUUGAACGAUUGGAGUCACAGAUUAAAAAAUUAACAGCCUUAAAGUCACCUAAAGAUGAUCAGAAACAAUUAUUACAAGAAUUGUUAAGUUUACAGAAGAAAAUGUCAGGAGGAAAAAAUCAAAUACAAAAUUCAAUUGGCGGUGAGAGUAAAAUCAUAUUAACCUCACAAUCACCUGAUUUACUAUUAUCAGCUCAACCUCAACAAUUACAACAACAAUCAACUGUAACACCAACAGGACAACAGCAACAAUUGACUUUACAACGAAAAACAAUUUCAAGUCCUGGUCCACAAUCUUUACCGCAAAGUAUACAAGCACAUUUACAGCAAUUGUUUCCGGACACUCAACAAGAAUCAGAACAACAAAAAUCACAAGCUGCACAACACACUUCUAUGCCUUCAAUAUUACCAAAGAUAACAUCAACUAAUCAGCAAUUAACCUCAACUACCCAACAAUUAAAUCAACCCAAUUCACCAAAUCCUUCAACAUUUAACACUUUAAUCAAAUUAAAUAACAGUAAUAGUAGUAACAGUAACAGUAAUAAUAAUAGUAAUAAUAGUACAAGUAAUGUUAAUCAACUUCAUCAAGUCACACAAUCACAGAUAGUAACCGCAUCACAACAAGCACAAAAUGUUAGGAUAUUAACCCCUGGAAACACCACAAAUAUUGAUGGUAAUACAACAAUUCAGGUUGGAACUCAAUUGAUAACAAUUGCUGCAUCACCUUCAGCCAAAUCUUCAACGAUUCAAUCCUCUCCACUGCACAAGCAAUCAAGCGGAGGAUCAAAUGCAACAACAAUUCAGGUUGUAAGAAUAGGAACACCAAAUACUUCAACUUCGAGUACAAAUUCUGUGAACAAAUAUUUCAAAUCACCUCUGGAAUCACCACAAUUAGAAAGUGAAAAAACCAAAGCUAAAAUUUGUCGAUAUUUUCAACAACAAGCCGCUGCUGACCAGUCCGCUGCAAUCAGGCCUGAUACAAAGUCCCCAUUUAAAAGCCGAGGCGAUGCUUGUAAACGCUUAUUACGAUACCAUGUUUUCAAUACUCCAGUUCCUAGUGAGGAGCAAUUGUCCAAAGUUGAUCGUGAUUUUGAAGUGAUAUCAGAAAGUCUAUUAAAACGGAAGAAUGAACUUUACAAUAGAUUCCGUUAUAAUUUACUAAAAUCUAAUAUGACUGAGACGCCUAAAGCGGAGUACAUAAUGUUAAACAAAUGGUUCAUAAACGAUGAAAACAACUCACUCCAAAGGGAUAAAGACUGUGUUGCUCAGGGAAAAGAUCUUGAUUUACCACCACCUCCUGAAAGCUGGAAAAAAAUCAUCAGGGACAGUCUUGAAGAGGAGGAACGAUUAUCAAUUAAUAGAAAGAGAAAAUCAUCCGCAAUCGAUGAUGAUUUCUUAGCCGAUUGUACUGAAAUUAAAAAAUAUGAUCUUGAAGAUCGUGAAUCUGGUGAUACUGAGGAUGAUGAUGAGGACGAAAGCGGUGAGGAGGAAGAUGAUGAAGAAAACACUGCAGCUGAAGAUAUUGCCAAAUAUCUUGGACCUAAUCACCAUCAAGAUUCUGUGCCUGAUCUAGGAUAUUAUCCAGACUUUAAUCAUCCCGGGAUGGGUCUUCCAACUGAUGUUAAUUCAUUAACUAAUCCAUAUACUCAGCGUACCAAUGAUGAUCAAGAUUUACUUUAUAAUAAUGAUGAUUGGAAGAGCAAUAAUUACAUGUCCACUAGUAGUGGAGGUGGACGUCGAUUUGACAGUUGGGGUACAAGAUAUGACAAUGAGAAUGAUGUUGCAGUCACGACAAUAUUGGGCGGUGGGGAAAACGGAGAGCCAACCGAUCAUGAUACUGACCUUGAUUUAAGUUCUAUACAAGAUUUUCACGGUUUAGAUAAAUAUUCAUGUCACACUUCCCAGCAACAAGCAAACGCAACACCUCAACGUUCAUCGACAUCAACACAUCCUGGUCCAUCUCAACAACAACCACCACCAGGUUAUGGACUUGAAAAUGGUAGACCUGAUGAUCAACGGCAGCACCAAUCAAGUACCCAUCAUGAUGAAGAUGAAGAUGACGAUGACGACGAAGGAGUAAAUGAAGACGAAGAAGACGAAGACGAAGAUGAAGAUGAAGAUCUAACGGAAAGGACAGAUGUAGAUGAUUCUCUUCAAAUACCCUGUCAACUCAGUGGUAUUCUAGAUUUGCCUUUACCUCAUCAAUCUCCUCAAUCAUCACAAUCUUAUUUCAAUUCAAUUCAUCCAUCUUCCGGAUCAACAGGAAAAUCAUCCACACAACAACAACAAUCACAAUCAACGUCUUCACAUUCAUCCCCUGAUACAACAAAUUAUGGUCAACAACAAUUAUCACCACAAUCAACCUCAAACCAACAAUCUAAAUCACCACUUGAUCCAUCACAACAAUCAACAUCAACAACAUCACCAGCUUAUCCUAAUCAAAUGCAUCCAAUGAUGCACCAACAACAACAACAACAACCUAACCAUCCAACCUCCCCAAGAUCAGCUAAUUUGAUGGGAGAUUUUAGAAAUUCAAAUCAAAUGAUGAGCGAUCCAAUUUUAGAUGAAGCAGUUAGAAGUAUUCUCUCAUGGUCUUGAUACAAUUAACUUAAUCAUAUUGUAAAUUAAACUCAGACCAAUACCAAUUAGUCUGUUUUAAAACAUGUUUUGAAAGAUUGAAUCAAUUUUCCCCCUCCUCAUCCUCCUCCUCUAAUUGAUCAUAAAGAUAAUUAACACUACAACAAUUAAUCAAUUUUCCAUUCUUAUGAGAUUUUGUCUUUAUUUGAUCAAGACACAUCACUCAACCACCACCACCACCACCCACAAUCAACAUCCUCCUCCUCCUCCUCCUUUUAUACACACUCAUCAAAAAUUAUUUAUGAGUUUAUUUCCUCAACAACAACAACUCUUUCACCAAGAAAAUCAUAUCUAAUUUAUUAUGUUUGUUUUUGAUUAUCACUAUUAUAAUUAUUGAUUAAUAUUAUUAUUAUAUUUAAUUUCUGUCAAUGUUAACAUUAGGUUCCUCUCUUUUUUUCCCAGCUAAUCAAACUAAAAAUUGAUUCAAUUUCAAUCAUUUGAA